UAUUCUUUCAUUUCCCAUUUUUUUUUCCGAAACGAACAGCCCCUAAUCCUCAAACGAAAUCAAACUCCAUCGCCCUUCAAUUACUCCCUCCUCCUCUCUUAAAUCCCUCUCUCUCAGAGAUCCCCAAAUUCCCCUCAAAAUCCUAGGGUUUCAUCGUCCUCUUCCUCCAAAAUCCAGAUCCAGAUCUCGCAUCACAAAAUGGAGAAGGAAAAAUCCUGCACUCUCCUCGUCCACUUCGACAAGGGAACUCCCGCACUCGCCAACGAGAUCAAGGAAUCGCUCGAAGGCAACGACGUCGAAUCCAAGAUCGACGCCAUGAAGAACGCCAUCAUGCUCCUCCUCAACGGCGAAACCCUACCUCAGCUCUUCAUCACCAUCGUACGGUACGUUCUCCCUUCUGAAGACCACACCAUUCAAAAGCUCCUCUUACUGUACCUCGAGAUCAUCGACAAGACCGACUCCAACGGCCGCGUUCUCCCUGAGAUGAUCCUGAUCUGUCAGAAUCUGAGGAAUAAUCUUCAGCAUCCUAAUGAGUAUAUUAGGGGAGUUACUCUCAGAUUCCUGUGUCGGAUCUCGGAAUCUGAGAUCGUUGAGCCGUUGAUUCCUUCAAUUGUUUCGAAUCUCGAGCAUCGGCAUCCGUUUAUUCGAAGAAAUGCUGUGCUGGCGAUCAUGUCGAUCUAUAAACUUCCAAAUGGAGAGCAGUUGCUUGCUGAUGCUCCUGAGACAAUCGAGAAGCUUCUGGCGACGGAGCAGGAUUCAUCCACGAAGAGGAACGCUUUCUUGAUGCUGUUCAAUUGUGCGCAGGAUCGAGCGGUGAAUUACUUGUUAUCGAAUAUAGAUCGGGUUUCGGAGUGGGAUGAAUUGCUGCAAAUGGUGGUUCUUGAUUUGAUUCGAAAAGUUUGCAGGUCGAAUCGAGGUGAAAAGGGGAAGUAUAUCAAGAUUAUUGUGUCAUUGCUUGCUGCUCCAUCGGCGGCGACGACUUACUGUCAGCUUUUAUUGUCACAGAGAGGUGCGGCGACGACUUACUGUCAGCUUUUAUUGUCACAGAGUGAUAACAAUGUCAAGCUUAUUUUGCUUGAUAGGUUGAAUGAGCUCAAGAGCUCACAUAGGGAGAUCAUGGUAGAGAUGAUAAUGGAUGUGCUAAGGGCUUUAUCGAGCCCGAAUCUUGAUAUUCGGAGGAAAACUUUGGAUAUUGCUCUUGAGUUGAUUACUCCAAGGAAUAUUGAUGAAGUGGUUCUUACCCUUAAGAAGGAGGUGGUUAAAACUCAGAGUGGGGAGCUUGAGAAGAAUGGGGAGUAUAGGCAAAUGCUUGUGCAAGCUAUUCAUUCUUGUGCAAUGAAGUUCCCUGAGGUUGCGAGCACUGUGGUUCAUUUGUUGAUGGAUUUCUUAGGGGAUAGUAAUGUGGCUUCUGCUAUGGAUGUGGUUCUUUUCGUGAGGGAGAUUAUUGAGACUAACCCGAAAUUGAGGGUGUCGAUUAUUACUAGGCUUUUGGAUACAUUUUAUCAGAUUCGGGCUGCGAGGGUUUGUUCUUGUGCUCUUUGGAUCAUAGGAGAAUAUUGCUUGUCUUUGUCUGAAGUGGAGAGUGCCGUAUCGACGAUAAAGCAGUGCCUCGGGGAUCUCCCAUUUUACACCGUGGCUGAAGAGGGUGAUGGAAAUGAUGCUUCAAAGGGUUCUCAGCAAGUGAACUCUUCGGUUACUGUUUCUUCUCGUAGGCCUGCUGUUCUUGCUGAUGGGACAUAUGCCACGCAGAGUGCUGCAUCUGAAACAAUCAUCUCAGCACCUGCGAUUGUUUCUGGAUCUUUGUCUUCAACAGGAAAUUUGAGAUCUUUGAUCCUUAGUGGAGACUUCUUCUUAGGAGCUGUUGUGGCCUGUACUCUGACUAAGUUGGUUCUGAGGUUGGAAGAGGUGCAGCCAUCAAGGGCUGAAGUGAACAAGCAGACUGCUGGGGCUUUGUUGAUCAUGACGUCUAUGUUGCAAUUGGGGCAAUCUUCAUACCUUCCGCAUCCAAUUGAUAAUGAUUCUAAUGACAGGAUUGUGCUUUGCAUAAGGCUACUAUGCAAUACUGGUGACGUGGUUAGAAAGAUUUGGUUGCAAUCAUGCCGUCAGAGUUUCGCGAAGAUGCUUGCAGAUAAGCAGUUCCGGGAGACACAGGAAAUCAAAGCAAUGGCUCAGUUUUCUAAUGCACAACCAGAUGAUCUUAUUGACUUCUACCAUUUGAAGAGCAGGAAGGGAAUGAGCCUGCUUGAGUUGGAAGACGAGGUCCAUGAUGACCUAAAACGUGCGACAGGAGAGUUCACCAAGGAUGGAGAUGAUGCUAAUAAGUUAAACCGUAUUCUUCAAUUGACAGGAUUUAGUGAUCCUGUUUAUGCUGAGGCCUAUGUUACUGUCCAUCAUUAUGACAUUGUCCUUGAUGUUACAAUCAUCAACCGAACUAAGGAGACACUCCAAAAUCUUUGUCUGGAGCUGGCAACCAUGGGAGACCUUAAACUUGUGGAGCGUCCACAGAACUAUACGCUAGCACCAGAGUCUAGCAAGCAGAUUCGAGCCAAUAUUAAGGUUUCUUCGACGGAAACUGGUGUUAUAUUUGGAAACAUUGUUUAUGAGACUUCAAAUGUUCAUGAGAGAACAGUCAUUGUACUCAAUGAUAUACACAUUGACAUCAUGGAUUACAUUUCUCCUGCCACUUGCACCGACGGAGUAUUUAGAAGUAUGUGGGCAGAAUUUGAGUGGGAAAACAAGGUGGCAGUAAAUACUAUAAUUCAGGAUGAGAAGGAAUUCUUGAACCACAUCAUCAAGUCCACAAACAUGAAGUGUCUCACAGCUCCCUCUGCCCUGGAUGGAGACUGUGGGUUUCUCGCAGCUAAUCUGUAUGCAAAGAGUGUGUUUGGCGAGGACGCUCUAGUGAAUGUGAGCAUCGAGAAGCAGAUCGAUGGAAAGCUCAGCGGUUAUAUCAGAAUUAGGAGCAAGACUCAAGGGAUAGCCCUCAGCUUAGGAGACAAGAUCACCCUCAAACAGAAAGGGGGCAGUUAAAGAGUACAGAUGAACCUUUCCAUUUUCUUAGUGUUUACUUCUCUGCUCUAGUUUGUUAUCUCAUAUUUUUGCCGGCAUUCUGUUAUUGAAAGUGGAACUGAUUAUUUGUUAAUUAUUUGUUAUUUAGGUUUCGAAUGCGUAGUCGAUCCAGAUUAUAUGUUUGUGACGUUGAGGUCUCGUCUUUAUUUAAGGCUGUGUUUGAAUUGCGAAAUUCAUGUUAAUGACAUCUAUGUUGUGUGAAUGUAAAGGUUUUAGUGGG